AUCCACUUCCGCUUUCUUACCAUCUUCCACUGAAAUGCCUCAGAAGUUCAGACAAAGAGGCAAAAAGAAAUCAAAAAAGGCGAAGGAGGAGCAGCAAACUGCUGCGGUGGAAGAGCCUGCAUGGACCAUUGACCGCGGUCAUGGCGAGGAGCAGGCAGUGGAGGAGGAGCGAGAAGGAUUCGACGGUGGAGAUGAAGACGGAGCAGCUGCGCCGGGAGAGCAUAUCCCCAUUCAAGAGUCAGAUCUCGCUGGCGGGCGCAACAAUGUAGACGAUGUUGCUCCUUUUGGCUUCGUCUCGCCAGAGCUCAAGGGUUAUCUCAAGGAUGCGCUGGCCAGUCUUCAUCAGAUGCAGACUAAGCGCAGUGAGGAUUGGGAAGCAGAGGAAGACGAUGAUGGGCAAGAGCAAUCAGAGCAAGCAAGCCUUCUGAGGUUGGCCAUGCUCAGGGAGAUGAAUGGACAGGAGCUCGCAUGCGCAACGGAUGGUGAGGCUAGCAUUGCACUUGAGGCUAUCAUUGAUGGGCUUGAUGGAAGGAGAUUGAGGAUUCUAGCAGAUCGCAUGUCAGGCAGCUGCUAUCCACUCGCUGGACACCGGUUUGGCUCGCACGUCUUGCAAGCCAUUCUUCGACAUCUCCAGCGCGACCUCUCCGGCAAAGGCAAAGAACGUCACAUCGACGACGAUGCAGCAGAGACGUCGGCAGGCGUGCUGCGUAGCUCGCAGCAGCUCAUUUUCGACCUCGUCGACGAACUCACACCUCAUACACAAGAGCUCCUCCAGAGUACCUUUGGCACGCAUGUCGUACGAUCGAUGCUCCAGCUCCUGGCUGGGCAAGACCUACAUGCGAUGCAGCGCUCAAAGAAGUCAAAGGCAUUCAGAGUGAAGGUACAGCAGCAGGACGGCGCUGUCGAGGGAGCUGCUAGCUUGACGCCCUUCCCCGACAAGCUCAAGGAAGUACGCCACGCCUGUCUACCCAAGGAUAUCACCGGCAGGAAUGAGGCGAGAGCUCUCCUCGUCUCACCAUCCGCCUCGCCAACGUUUGCCCUUCUUCUCUCCCUCGAGGCUCAGGCAGGCGAGGCAACGCAGCCAGAUUCUUUAGCAGACGUUGUUCUCGAAGGCCUUAUCGCCGCCGACGUGGAGGGCAACGAUGCGCACGAAAGCCAAUAUGGCGUCGAAACGCUACUUCGCCACCCAUCUGGAUCUCAUGCCCUCGAGGGACUCCUUUCACAGCUGCCUCAACGCAUCGCCUCGCGCUUUUGGUCCACCUACGUGCGCGGCAAGGUCACGCGCCUGGCUUGCCAUCCUGUAGCAAACUUCGUGUGCGCGGCAGCGGCCAAGCGCCUCGACGCAGGCUCCGUGCGAGAAGCGCUCGAGGAGAUCAAGGAGAAGCAGGGUGGCAAGAUGAUCAAGGAAAGCAAGACAGCCGUCCUCCUUGCGCUCAUGGCCAGAGCAGCCUGGUGGGAAACACAAGGCGAAGGAGGGCUCGAGGCGUUGGCCCUUGCUGCGACGAUGAGCGCCUUUGGAUUUGAUGCACCAGAGGAUGCAAAUUCCGAGUCUGACGGCUUGAUGGUUCGGGCUAUCCUGGCGCUCAAGACCAAGGACGGCUGGCACAAGAUGAUGAGGCGCCGCAAGGAGAAGGAGGCUGCGCAGGCAAAGGAAGCAGAAGAGAAGGCCAAGCAGGCAGUGGACACGGUCGAGGAGCUCGACGCUGGUGGCAUGAUUACUCGCGGCUCUCAGAAGAGAAAGCGAGGCAACGAGGAAGGUGCCACCAAUGGAGACGAUGCUGCUUCGCUCAGGCCCGAAGAGGCAACAGUGCAAGGUAGCGUAAUGCUGCAGGCUCUCGUCCGUCUCUCAGAGCCACACAACCACACACUCUACGAAAGCUUGCUCAGCCUGCGCACACCUGUGCCCUACCUCACCAAUCCAAUCACCUCCCACGCCUACCUGGGUGCCCUCUCCUCCCCCACCCGCCCCUACACGUACAUCCGUCGCUGGCUUCUCUCCCAACUCUCCCCCUUGCUCCUCUCAACCCUCGCAGACGACAAGUACGGUUCGCGCGUGGCCGACGCAGCAUGGUUGCGCAUGGACCUGUUUACGCGGGAGAAGUUCAUGAAGACGCAUUUCGCCUCGCCUGGUGGUUCGGAAGAGCGAAGGUUGCAGGGUGCAUUCUACGGUCGUCAUUUCCUCACCAAGAGACUGAGAGUCGCUGAGUGGCAUCGCGACCAUUUCAAGUGGAAGGACGGGCAGGCUGAGAUGAGGGCCAGGGAGGAGGAGGCCGAGAAGGAGAGGACGAGGACCUUGGCCAGUGAGGCGGCGGAUGAUGUGACGCAGAGCGAGGACGGCGAAACGAAGGACGGCGAGAAUGGUGAGCGUGGGGAUACGGGGGCGACGACGAAGAAGAGGAGGAAGGAAAGGAAGGAAAAGACCAAGAAUGAGACCGAGCUCGACGCCAUCUUUGCCGGUGUUUGAGCAUUUUGCAUCUGCAAUACACAAUCUUGUCAGACUGGAAUCAACCAAAAUUGACAUCGAUCGAUUAGAUCAUGUGACACCUCUGAUGGUAUCGAGUGGGAGGAGAGGGAGAGAUGAACGAUGCGGGACGGAUGAUAUUGAGAAGUACAUAUGGGUGAUGCCGUAUACGCGGAAACCAUGACUUUGAAGUUGGGUCUCCUCCCACUGCGCUUCAUGCAUCCUCUACCUGGUCGAAUGCUGGUAGCGAGACGGAGGAGGACGGGAGAAGAACAAUCAGCUUGAUGUUUGACCAACCGUCGAGCCACAGCGCUUACUCACCGCUGUCGCUAAGCUCGUCGAACUCUUGAUCUGCACUCUGCUCCCCUGAUGUGCUAUCCACGCUACUGUUACCUGCCCCUGCCUCCGGUCUAGCCCGCCUCGG